AUGUCAGAUAAUUACAAUGAAUUAUUUAUUAUUGAUUUAGGAUUAUGUAAACCUAUAGAUGAUUCACAGGAUUCUGAUAAUGAUGAUAAUGAAAUUUAUGGAAUUUUACCUUACAUGGCACCCGAAAUAUUAAGAAGAAAUCCCUAUACUCCAGCAAGUGAUAUUUAUAGUUUUUCAAUGAUAAUGUGGGAAUUUAC